CCGUCGGAGCGAGAAAGCGAGGAGGAGGAGGAGGAAGUGGGGGGGGGGGGGGGGUCGAGGAAGAGGAGGUCCGACGGGGGUCCAACGUGUUGACGUCGCCGCAUAAGCGCUUGGAAGCGGGUCAUUAGCGUCGGAGCGCCGGCGCGAUUGAGGCAUGCUAGGCCAGCCGUGGCCGAUUAUCCCGACGACCCCCCCAGAAGACCUCUGUGGACACGUUGGCCCCCCUUCCGUGGGGGAAGUGACACGUGAAGACGAUCGCGUUCGAGUUCGACAACGAAGCUCGAGGGAGACACCGGUCCUGUGGUCGAAUACAGAAGGUGUGAUUGUGAGUGCAACUGAUCUCUACCUUAUGUGCCCUGUGAUUGGCUGGCACCCAGUUCAGGGUGUACCCCGCCUCCUGCCCGUUGACAGCUGGGAUAGGCUCCGGCACUCCUGCGACCCUUGUGAGGAUAAGGACAAAAGAAAAUCUUGUACGUAUCCACGGCUGCAGGCGGGAGGAAGGAUGCGUCAUCGAUGGAGCGUAACCAGGAUUAAGAGUUGCAUGACUCGAAGAGUUGGCUGAACUCAAACCGCCGACAUGAGAGCCCAAAUAGAAGUGAUACCCUGCAAAAUCUGCGGGGACAAAUCGUCGGGGAUCCACUACGGUGUCAUCACCUGUGAAGGCUGCAAGGGGUUCUUCCGACGCAGCCAGCAGAACAACGCCAUGUACUCCUGCUCCCGGCAAAGAAACUGCCUGAUCGAUCGGACCAACCGCAACCGCUGCCAGCACUGCCGCCUGCAAAAGUGUCUCGCUCUGGGCAUGAGCCGUGACGCGGUGAAGUUUGGCCGCAUGUCCAAGAAGCAGCGCGACAGCCUGUAUGCGGAGGUCCAGAAGCACCAGCAGUCCCAGGACUGCGCCAACACGGCAGCCCGGGAAAAGAACGGCGAAAUGGCCGACCACGCCCGCGCCUACAGGAGAGUGUCCAGCACGGCGCUCAGCGACCUGGACGACUUUACCACGCUGUCCGACGGGCUGCUCUUCGACCUGCCCCUGACCCCCGAGGACGGGGGCGGCGAGUACGGGAACCUGGACAUGCUCGCCGGCAGCACGGGCAGCGGUUCGUCCUCUCAGAGUUCCCCGGAGCAGACCAACCUGGACUUUGCGGAGGGCCACCACAACAUCAAGCACGAAUACCAGUUGUUGCACGACUCCGGGCUCUUCUCGCACGCCAUCCUCAACCCGUUGCCCGAGGGCUGCUCCCUGCUCGAGCUCGAGCACAUCACUCAAUGCGUGGUGAAGUCUCAUAUCGAAACGAGCCAGUACACUACGGAGGAACUGAAGAGAAUGGCGUGGUCUACGUAUAGUAUAGAAGAGACCCGAAUGUACCAGGCCAAGGCAGCUGAGGUGAUGUGGCAACAGUGCGCCAUCCACAUCACCAACGCCAUCCAGUACGUGGUGGAGUUUGCCAAACGCAUCUCCGGCUUCAUGGACCUGUGUCAGAACGACCAGAUCAUCCUCCUCAAAGCAGGCUGCAUGGACGUCCUCCUGAUCCGAAUGUGUCGAGCCUACAAUCCCAUCAAUAACACGUUCCUGUUUGACGGACGGUUCGCCCCCGCUCACUUCUUUAAAGCACUCGGCUGUGACGACCUGGUGACGGCCGUGUUCGACUUGGCCAAAAGCCUGAGUCGCAUCCAGAUGUCGGAGGAGGAGAUGGCCCUCUUCACCGCCGCUGUGCUGCUUUCACCAGACCGACCCUGGCUGACAGAUGUGCAACAGAUUCAGAAACUUCAGGAGAAGGUCUACGUAGCCCUGCAGCGCUGCUUACAAAAAGGCGGCGCGUCGGAAGAGAAACUCGCCAAGAUGGUGUCCAAACUCCCCAUCAUGAAGUCCAUUUGCAAGCUCCACAUCGACAAACUGGAGUUUUUCCGCCUGGUCCACCCCGAGACGGCGUACACCUUCCCCCCGCUGUACCGCGAGGUGUUCGGCAGUGAAAUCACUUUCCCCGACUCCACCGAGGGCUAAGCGGCGUUGCCGAUCCCGCCCGAGGUUCCGCAACAGAGACUGCGUGAGGGAGACCGAGACCGAGACCGAGAGAGCGAGAUGAAACGACGUGGCACCAAGUUGAGGCGACAGGCAAAGCAGCCGCUGGAUGACAAUCCUGCACGCUACACUUUAGGACACGCUCCUCUCACCUCGGAAACUCCCGACUGACCCGCGUUGCCCCUCCCGGCGCCGAGCCCAAGUGGGGUUUGGGGGAGCUCCUCGGCACCUCUCUCGCCGAGAGGAUGAAAGAGUGGCCUCGACAAUUUGUACUCUCCAAAUUAUUUUUCUAAGUCCUUACUCACGCCAGAAAAUGGUUUCUACUACAGUUCUCACAGCUCCGGUAAGCUCGAAUUGAAUGUAAACCCCCCCCCAGUGCCCCUUUAAAGCGUCCCGCACAGCCUCAAGGCCUCGUCUCGAAUGUACAGUCCACACUUUAAAUCGUCACCUACCUUGCACACAUCUUUUACUAAUUAUUAUUAUUAUUUUUUUUAAAUCUGUUUUAGUCGUCAUUCUGGUUAAACACUUUUGGCACGGCAUCAGUUUUUCGCCUUUUCGCCGGCUUUUUGCCGCGCGGACAAAGCGUUCAAAGGGACCACGAUCAAAUUCACAACCGUCUUUUUAUUUUUUUUUUAUUUUUUAUUUUUCCUCUUAGGAGCGCUUCUGCAGGUAUUUAUUCAUUUUCUUUUUUUUUUUUUUUUUUUUUUUUUACAAGCACACGCCGCAACACUGAUGUAAACGGGCCCUUUUUGAUGCAAGCAUUACCUCAGUCCCGUGUGCCCUUUUCCCCUUUUUACGCAUGCAACUUCGAGAGAGAGAGGAAAAAAAAAAACCCAUAUUUUUCCAGAGUUUUCAUUUUCUAUAUAUAGCACUUAUAUAGCCAUGAGUAGGAGACAAAUACGCGCACAUACUGCCUGCCUGUACGUCGGCGUCCUGGGAUGAACGGAUUGUUUUAAACUGUUGAGAAAAUAUCGUGGUUGAUUACAAUCCACAAGUCCGUGUUGGGCUUCAAAACAAAAACUUAUCGAGUAAUUAAUUCCCCUGCAAAAGCUUCCAUUUUUUUUGGGAUAUUUCCAAAAUUCACUGGCAACUUUCCACCUCUUUGCAACGCUAGCACGAAGAGGGUUUGACUGCAUCUCGGCAUUUCGUUAAAAAUCAUAAACGGAGCAGAAUUUGUCCGACACAGCCGCAGCGUGUUUUGAGGGGAGCCGAAAGAUUAACGGGCCGCCGGUUUAAUUUAAGCUCCUUAGAUGUCACUUAGAGCGGAUUUAUUAAUUCUCGCCACAGCGGAGUCGAGCACAAUCCGUCCUGUGAUGCUGGUCGACUUCCAUUCUCAAUUGAUUUUAUUUGCCCUCGUCAUACACUGAAAAAGAAGAAAUAAUUUGUAAACCAAUCACAAAAACUGCGCAAAUAUCAAUUUCGGAAUCUUUAGAGGUUCACUAUUUGUGUAUUGACAAAUAAUGACAUCCCGUGUGACUUUAAAUCCAUUUUGUUUGCGUUCUGUGGAAACUUUUUCCCAGAAAAUUUGAAUAGGACUCCAAUUCGGCCUCCACGUCCCGACCCGCUCUUCCCACUUACUUGCUUACUACCUCAUCCCCCUCACAAACAUCGAUACCGAAAAACGUCUGCGCCGUGUGCAGUACUCGCAAAAAAAAAAAAAAAAAAGUUUACGAUAACUGGGCUUUUGGGUGACAUUUCACGAUGAUCUUAAAAUGCACACGUGAACUUAAUUUGACCUUCUCUUAACUUUUGAGCGUCCACUUGUCCAAUGCUUCAGUACUCUUUGCACAACUCAACUGUUUUUGAACAAGGCGCUCAACGGCUAAAUCCACAAUCGAUGGACAUUUUCAUGAUAACUUGCGGCAUCCUAUUUAAAAAAAAAAAAAAAAAAGUGGAUUUACUGCCUGUCAGAGCAACGGUCGUUUUUGCACAAUGACGAAUGUCGCUGCAAUCUCAGAAAUAAGUUAGGUCAUGGCUGCAAGGCAUGAGGCAAGAGUGCAUAAAAGACUGAAAAUGUCCAAAGUUCGGGAUGAUUUCACGCUUCAAAAUAAGACAAAGUGCAAAGGUCGCAAAGUUGAACCAACUUGGACCGCAACACAAACUAUGGCAACGCAAACCAACAAGAGCCAACAGUGGAUAUGUGCGCUGACGCACAGGCCACUCCCAGGCCCCGCCUUUUCAAGCCGCACACAUUCAAAGUCACAGAUACAACAGUGUAGGAUGCGAUAGUGAUAGCGGCCCCAUGUAGACAUAAAUAAUACUUGCUCCUCACAUGCACAAUUAUUUUUUGGUAUUGUUUGCAAAAAAUGCAAAAAUACCUUAAUUUCCGGCCUACAGAGCGCACCGGAUUAUAAGGCUCACCCAGUACAUUUGGAAAGGAAAUACCAUUUGGUACAUGCAUAAGCCAGACCCAUGUAAAAGCCGCAAGUGGCCACAUUGAAACACGAGAUAUUUACAAAGAAAGAUGGUGCACCGAAAGAGUUUUCAAAGUUUUACUACCUUAGCUUAGCUUAACAUAGCAACAACACAGUUGCACGAACAGGGCUGGUUUUAAAAAAAAAAAACACAAAAAAAAAAAAGCAGCCGCAGCAGCUACACAGUAGCAACAUGGUAGCACAGCACUAACAGAGCCGGUUAAAAAAAAACAAAAACAUACCUAAAUCACUGAGAUGCGGCAGUAACACAGCAGAAACACGCUAGCGCGGUGCUAAUGCUAAUGCUAGCGCGGCACUAACGGCCAGUUAAAAAAAACAUACCGGUAAAAAUCACUGUGAUGCAGCAGUAACACAGCAGAAACACGUGAGCACAGCGCUAAUGCUAGCACCGCGCUAACAGGGCCAGUUAAAAAAAACAUACUGGUAAAAAUCACUGCGACGUGGAAGUAACACAGCAGCAACAUGCUAGUGCAGCGCUAACAGGGCCGGUAAAAUUCACUUCCUCGGCACACAUAUUCCACUGGUCUCACUCUUAACUUUUCCGCUCGAGUGCCCCCUUGCGGACGUUGGAAAAAAAAAAUGCACAAAUAAGCCGCAUCGCCGCACGCGAAAAAAGUCGCGGCUUAUAGUCCGGAAAUUGCGGUAUAUUAUUUUCCAAUUCAUCCUUUUGGAUUCAAACGGCAGUUUUGUCAAUUUUGCCGUUCAGCGCCUGGGCAGAAAAACUACUAAAAGAUUCAACAGUUGGACAUCAGGACUAAGUUCACCUACCCCAAAGCUCAAAAUCCCAAUUUUUUUUUUUUUUUUUUUUUUUUUUGCAAGUCUCGUUCGAUGUAAAAAUCUGAGUACAAGUCACAAGUACACUAGUUUGGAAUAAAUCCAUCAAGUUUUUUGGGGGGGAAAAGGCAAAACCAUCAACUGCCAGCAGUAUUCCACAGUAUCUUGUGCUCCCUUCACUGUGUUCUUUGUAGCAUAUUGAGACAAUCAAUAAACCCAUCGGAUUUUCAAUAUUUCAGUCAUAUUUGCGCGGCACUGCUGGGACGGUGCAGCCGGCCAAAAGACGACAGCAGCGAAAAAAAACUAACAAAAAAAAAAGAAACGAGACGCCGCCCGACGUAGCGGCGAAGUGGGAUCGUGCAAUUGGGCCUUUGUUGCCGUGCAUUUAAUUUUAAAGUAGCAUCGUUUUAAUUUUUUUUUAAAAAUUAUUUUCAAAUGUUUGUUAAGAUUCUAUUAUGACAAAAUCGACAGCUGACACCCACGCAGGGUCGGCCGGAUUGUAACAAGGUGCAAUACUUUGUCGUAGAAUGUUUCAUGACGCCUGAUUAUUAUUAUCAUUAUCAUUAUUAUUAUUAUUAUUAUUUUGGAUUCUUUUCCCAAUGGUUGCAACCCUCCCCAACCCGAUUUUAGCGGGACAAAACGUUCCCGGUGGAAGUUCCUCAGGGUGAUAGCUCGGCUCUCUGUCCUGCCCUGCGGUGUCGGCGGGGCACCUCGCACCGACAAACUGUAGACGACCUUUGAACCUUGAUCACUGUGUACAGUACGUGUUCUUGUGAAUGUUAAAUUACAGAAAGUAUCAAAGAUUUGAACCCUUUUUAUUGUUGUUAUCGCCAGAUACGUUGAGUUGACGUCAUAGAAGAAAUAGGAUAUCGAUACAGGUAAAAAAAAAAAAAAAAAGGAAAAAAAAAAAGGUAAAAUGAAUAUAAAAUAUGAAUUAUAAUCUCUGAUCCUUGUCUUGGUUUUGAUGUGGUCCUCAAUUUUGUCCUGAUAUGUACCGUCAUAUUUUUCCCCAUCAGUUUGUUGUUUUUGUCUCAGAGAGAUGUAAUUCUAUUUU